GGUCUCCUUGAUAAUUAUAGCAUGCUCUACAAAUAUGGUUAGCGUACGCGUGAUAUUUUGUGCGUUUUUAUUGUUUUGUUCUUUUAGUCUUCUAUAUUUUGGGGGCUUUUUUUAAUAAAACAAUUAUUCCAGUCACGCUUGUAGGAUAUCAGAUGAUUAUAGCCAACUCGGCGCUAUGCGCCUCGUUGACUAUCUACCAUCUCAUAUCCAACGCGCGCUCGUAGAAUAGUUGUUAAGUAUUCUUGGGCGAGACAUGGCAGGGGAAGGGGGGGGGGGUGACCUGGCGUUAGACUAGCAUCUCACGCAGUGGGGGUUGCAGUACAGAAACGCAAGUCCUAGCUGUGUGGGCCAGUUUGUACCGAGUGUGAAUUAUGCGUUUUCUUUAAUCCUUUGUUGAUGAAAGCCCCUUUAGUAGUUAACUUGAUUAGAAACCAUGCUAUUCUACGUAACGUCACGUGCACAUGCGUAAGAUACCCUCACCUGGCAGAACGCGGUUUGGGACAGAAAAAAAAUUUGAAUUGUAAAUAGCAGAAAGCUCCUUUAAAAUAUUAUGCUUUUGAGAAAAAGAGGUGAUUGCUUUAAGUGACCGAGGGAAUAUCCUUCCUUCAGCCCUCUGGUACUAGAAAGGGGUUACGUCAUUUCCGAGUUACCUUGUGCCUCUGUUUCAAAACGAGUCUUCGUGGAAAACCUUUGAAAAUAAGUUUGAUUUGCAUGAAAAUCAACCUGAAGGCGGAACUCGUUGUCGUAUGAAUGUUUUCGCACGAAGACUUGUUUUGACUCAAAGGCAAAAGGCAACUCAGAAAUGACCCAUUGUUGCUAUUGUAUUUUUUGUUUGUUUGUUUAUUUGUUGUUUCCAAGCCAGCCCGCUUGAAGGAAGCAUUCAAUUUUUGGUAGCAAACUCAUUCCUUUGUAUUUACACAGUGACGGCGGUGAAAUUGCCUGCGUACUAACAAAACACUAUGUAUCAGACAGACUGGACAUAAAAUGACAUCUUACUCGUAUGAGUCAUCAAAUAUUCUUUCAAAACCUGACUUUUCAACUCAUAAUAAAAACAUGUUUGAGUUCUGCGGGACCUUUUGGGAAUAUCUAGGAGAGCCAGGCUGUGUGUCGUGAAAACGAAAAUUAGAUUGUCAUUGGUCGGUCGGAUUCAGUGUUAGAUCAUUCACGAAGAAAAACUUGUCUGAUCGAUAAAACACAGGGGAACUGAAAUGAGCCCAUUCAGUGAUAUUCAUAAUUCACGUUUGUGUGCAUGGUGAAUUUGACUGUUGUGACUUCCUUAAACAAACUACCCCAACAGUCACGUAUCAGAAAGUACCAAGGAUGUUUAAGACUGGGGAAGAUUGAGAAGGCUUCCGAACGAUAUUCUGAAAAAUUAAUUUUCGUAAAACUACCACUGUGGAGUUGAAUUGACUCUGUCAGUCAGUUUAAGCGCUGAAUAUUGCGGCAGAAAAGAAACAAAAGCGUCGCACUACAAGUUCUCUUCUCCUUUACAUAUUCAGGUGAUAGCAGGUUUCAGUUAGAAGUUCCGAUGGACGUGAAAUGCUAGAUUAGGGGAAUCUUUUGUGUAGGGAACACCCAUUUUGACGUUUCUUGCGACUCUGAGGUCAAUGAAAGGAAACUAGAACGGAAGAGUGGCUUUGCUACUUGUUAAAUGGUUUGUGGUCAAAAAUGUCGUACAGAUUCAAUUAACAGCAUUUUACACGAAUGUAAUUAGUUUUUGAGUUCCUUAACGCUGUUUCACAAUACAGGAAGACAACUGGGCGACGUCAUAUUUUGCGAAUCUUGCAGCAUUUAACCUAAAUCUUACGCGAUCGUUGUUCUUAUUCUUGUUCUUGUUUUAUUUUUGCCAUUUAAAAAUAUAUUCUAAAUAUAUUUGCAAGUUCGUUGCUUUUUAUGUCUCAAUUUUUCUUAACCGUAGAUAUCUCUUUUCUUGUUGAUUUGUUAUGACUAAUUUAGUGUUUUUCAACUUAAAAAUUUUGGUCAAGUAUUAUUUUAAUAAUUUGCCUGAUUUAAAAUCACUUUAAAACUUUGAGGACAUCCCAGAAAGGACUUCCUAGAGACGGCUAAAAAGCUCCUAAUUAUCAAUGUUACAAAUUCGAUCAGACUUAAGGGUCAAGUCAGACUGGUAUCAAAAAACUCUUCCAGAAGACUGAUUUGUUAACAUUACGUUGCACGUGAGUGUAAUCACAAUGAAAUUUAUUCCAUGUCACGACGUCUGUUGUCCGGAACUCCGCCCUUUAUGUGAAACGUUCUCGCUCUAUUAUAUACUGAAGUGAAGAUUGUUUCAUCAAACAGGCUGCGCCUCAAAGCUAUUAUUCAGUAACCAAGCCCUCUGAAUACCGAGAUUUCAUUUCCUUUCCAAGAACUGCAGGAAGGUUACACGAGACUAGUGUGCAAUGCUAUUUUUAGACAGGGUUUGCAGUUCUGAUUGCUAUAUAACCGAGCAUGUUAUACACUUCUUGCACAAAACCGAACAGAAGAACUUCUUGUUUGACUCUGAACGAUAUUUCGAAAAUGCAGGCCGGAUUCAGUUAUUUCGACAAAAAUGCCCCUGCUAUAGCCAUUCGAAGUCUCUUCGACAAAUACGACAUAAAUGGAAACGGUAAACUAGAACAACAAGAAAUGCAAACUCUGUUAGAAGGAGAUUUAGGCCUCGACCGUGAAAAAUCCUGGCUUUACUUUCUGCUGUUGGACAAGAAUGGUGACCACGACAUAUCGUUUGAAGAAUUCAGCGACUGGCUUCGUAGCGAGGAACAUUUCGAAGUUUUAAACAACAAAGAGAAGUUUCACAGCCUGUGCAAAGCGUUCCACUAUUUCAAGAGGUUUGACACAGAUGACAGCGACACGCUCGACCGAGCUCAGUUUGAACGGAUGAUGAAGUUUUUUGGUUAUGAAACCAUCAACAUGGAUAAAGCCUUCGCGAAAAUGGACAAAGACGAAAAUGGAAAAGUAUCUUUCUGGGAGUUCAUGCUGUGGCUUCAGUGGGUACCAUUAUUUAAUUAACUACCUGAUGAAACAAUGAAGAGAUUUUCUAAUUAGUGGCUGGAGGCGUAAUGUGAUAAGGAACAUUGGCCCAUUAAAUCUGUGACACUAAUUAGAAGCUUUAGAACUAUGAAACUUGCUUUAGUUUUAACUCAGAUUAUUAAUUCUUCGUCUGCAAAGUUACUGUUAAGAUUGAAAAAGAGAAAAUGAACUUUGACACGAACAGUGCGGACAGUACUAGUUUAAGUGAAGUUAUUUUUACUGCGUAAAAUAUUUAUCAAUUUAGUUCUUCAAAGCUAUUUAUUCUAUUUAUUUUCUCUAUUUAAAAUGAGAUUAUUUAUUCAUACUGAAAGAUGUACAUACGACCUUGGUUACUACAAGUUCAAAAUUAAUUAUCAUGCGACAACUGCAUCAAUUGUAUGUUUUUGUACAUAUUAUGAACCCGGCGUUAUUUAUUGGUGUAAAGCAAUGCCUAAGAAAGGUUGUACGUUGCUGAAGCCACUUCGAUAACAUUAAAAACCAAAAUCUGUGUUUUUAUUGUUUCUUUUGUUGUUGUUUUUGGUCACUAAACAUGCUACUGUUUUUAUAGCAACUUUGUUGAAGUGAAUACCAUGUUUAUGCUUUUAUAUCACCUUUGCAGAAUUGAAUAUCAUGUUUAUGCUUUUAUAGCACCCUUACAGAGGUGAAUACCAUUUUUAGGUAAUUAUAUGACUGGAGAAAAAAAUCAUUGAUGUAUCAAUAACAUGAAUUUCUCGUGCCUUUUUAAGUGAUAACGGUAUUUAACCCUUUGUGUUCAGAAGGCAAUCAGACGGGUUGGUAUUCCCGCCAUUAAAUACCCUCUUCGUUUUUCUCACCUUUUCCUCUGAUCUCUUCGACUGUGUCGACUUGUUGAUGCUGUUGUUCAGUUUUGUAUGAAGAGUAGUUGAGCUGUGGAAAGCUUCCAGCUACAAAUGAACCUAAGAAUUAGAAGUUUUCCCUUGCAUAGUUAGUCUCGAAAAGACGCCAAAUGGGCAAGACACAAUACAGUGCACGCUGGCAAAAUACUGGGAUGGGGGAUAAGUGCGGCGGAUUGACCUGCGGUGCAUAAACAUCCCACCCUGGGACCCAGGGGAAUAGUAAUAAUCCUACAUUUCUUCAUACUACAGAAACUAGGAUAAGCUUCGGUUCUCCGAGUGCGACUUAACAAGUGACGUAAAGGAGCUCAGUCGCGGUAUUUUGAGUUACUUUGGCCUCAUACAAAAUUACCUUUAAAUUGAA